AUGCUGUUUGGGGCCCCGAACCAUCGUUUGGAAGAGUACAUGUCAUUGACAGCGAAGGUGCUCGAGGUGGAGGCGACGUUCAUCUACCUGCCCGGAAUGAUGCUUGCGAAUUUCUCCGACCCGGUGACCCGCACGAGCGACCUCAAGUUGGUGAGAGUGGGGCAGGGGUUGAACCUCAACAAACUGGACCAGGCGCACGACAUUUACGAGUCGGUCGUGUACGACCGGAUCGGGGUCGACCAGGCGUCGAAGGAGUUGGCGGACUUGUUCAGCAGCAAGGAGUUUCUCAACACGUACUGGAUCAUCCUGCUCUACGGGCUGUCAAGCAUGUUUGUGUUGAUCUUCUUCAACGGGGCGUGGCUCGACAUGAUCCCGUCUUUCUGCAUGGGGGCGUUGCUAGGGUUUCUCCAGUGUGUUGUUGCGCCGAAGAACGCGCUCUACUCGUCGGUGUUCGAGGUGGGCUCUGCGAUCCUGUUGAGCUUCAUUGGACGGGCGAUCGGGUCGAUUGCAAACGGCCGAUACUUCUGCUUCAGUGCGAUAGUCUUGAGCGGGCUCUCGAUGAUUCUCCCCGGGUACAUGAUCUUGCGGGGCGCGUUGGAGAUCCAGAGCAAGUCGAUUGUGUCCGGGGUGGUGGGGAUGUUCUACGCCAUCAUCUACUCGUUGUUUCUCGGGUUCGGGCUGACGCUUGGCGCCGGGUUGUACGGCUGGAUCGACAAGAACGCCAUCACAGAGACGUCGUGCUCCAACAUCGGGCACAUCGGCAACGUGUGGAAGCUCCUGUUCGUGCCGCUCUUCAACGUGUGUAUGUCGCUCUCCUGCCAGGCCCGCUUCCACCAGUUGAGCAUCAUGGUGGUCAUCGCGUGCUGCGGCUACGUCGUCACCUACUUCUCCUCCCUGCACUUCAGCAUCACGCAGUUCAACUCCGCCCUCGGCUCCUUCGCCGUGGGCUUGCUCAGCAACAUCUACGACCGCUGGCUGCGCUCCUACAGGCGCAUCGGCUACUGCAGCACCAAGUUCACCAGCAUGAUCUGCGGCAUCUUCGACCUCGUUCCGGGCGGCUUUGCCGCCCGAAACGUCCUCUCCAGCGGCCUCCUCCAGCUCGAGAACCAGCGCAACAACAACGGCACCGCCGACGCCGCCACCAGCACCGGCACCCUCACCUUCGGCAUCUCCAUGAUCGAGAUCGCCAUCGGCAUCACCGUGGGGCUCUUCAUCUCCACCCUCGUCGUCUACCCGCUCGGCAACAAAAAGAGCCCCCAUUCGGGCAACAGCAUCGGUCUCUAG